AUGGCUAUCAAUUGGAAGCUACGUGAGACCGUCUUCCAGCUACUGGCAGCUGUCUACGCUGAGCUAGGUGAAGAAGCUUUCAAGGGCCGUUACAUGUCAAUUGCGAGAUACUUCGGUCCAGAUGCCACCUAUGAUUCCAUUAAAUCCUUCUUCGCCAAAGAAGUUUCGAAAGGGGCCGCGCAACUCAAAGCUCAAAAUCCUGAACAUCACGGUUCAGGCAAAGGGAUCCCACACAGAGAACCUGCGGGGCCUUCGCGUCCCCCGCUCCUCUAUUUUAACGACGAGGAUAUCAGCAUCGUGACUGAGCGCGAAGCUAAGACCCAUCCCGCUCAUUCUUUACGGGCACCAGCGAAGCGUCCUCGGGUGAUUGCAGCGUCGCAAAUGUCUUCCGCAGAUGAGGACGUUAUAUAUUGCGCAACUAUUUCCAACAAACAGCCCGCUGUAACCCAUGAUACUGGCAGUAGUUUGGCUCAGUCGACAGAAACUCAGGACCCAACCAAUUCCACCGCAGUUCCAGAUCCCCCACCAAACCCAGGACCGAGCUCAUACGUUACCGCGCCGAGCCAAAAUUCUCACGAGGUUUCUGAGAAGGGAAACAACAGGAGUAAACGACCCUACUCAACCAUCGAUGAAUCAAUGAAUACAUGCAAUGCUCAGUCACUACAACAGGGCUCCGAUGGAACACCAAAACCGGAAUCAUUUGGCUACGUCACAAACCAAGGUCAAUACCGCUGUGCACUGUGUUUGAGCCAACUUCCCAACCAAGAAGACCUUGAGCGGCACGAAUCUAUGAGCAAAGAACACCUUCACAACCUCAGGAACGCAAUCAAGGUAUCUAAGGGCCGCGCCAAACUUGCCCAAGUCACUACAGUUCCCAGAGUUGGCCAACAUCAUUCCACAUCUGUGCCGUCUCAACCGCUAAGACUAGGAAGCGUGGAAAAUCGAGAUCAAGUGUUCUUGAAUGGUGAGACUUCCGAAUUCAAAGCGCAAAGAGACAGCAUCAAUCAUAGUCAACUACCGAAUUACGAUCAUAAUCGACAAAAGUCGCCAAUGGAUACAAUCGACGUCCGAGGGGGCACCCCUAACAGCUCCCCCGUGCCUGUAGAAAGAGGGCUCGAAAGUACUGCGCCAGUUCCUCAUUCAGAGAUGAGCGAGAGUUUUCACAAAGGCAAAGACCGCGCCUUGUCCCUCCCGUCGGAGCCGUCACAUAAUUACCCUCGGCCGUGUCCAGAGUUGUCAACCGUCAUACAAUCACGCCCGACGACGGCGCAGACAGAGAUAGGCACCCUCACCUCUCCAGACGUGAAGCAACCAAGUUCGAAGACCAACUGCGAGCCAAAAUUCUCCCCAGCCGAACUUGCCGAGAUCAUGCGCUCCACCGAGAUGAUGAUCCAGUUGAUGGGCUGCAUGCAGCGAGAGGCUGCUUCUCUGGCGAACUCUGCCGGGAAGUGUGCGGAUAGUAAUCCCUUGCCUAGCCCGCAAGUUGAUAGCGGCGGUAAUGCGCCUGCACAGUCUCAAACCACCGCGUCUUCACCGCCGACAUUAAUUUCAGGAAAUAUUCCAUCUUCCACUGCAAGACCUGGGCCUAGUGUCGAUAGUCGGACGCUAUGGAACCAAGUUAGGCGGAAAAAGGGUAAGGAUACGGGAGAAGAAGUGAUAUUCAUUGCAUUGGAUUGA